UGAUACUGGCUGAAGGUGUACAUGUUUCGCGGCAAAAUGUUGGUUUAAAAAUGGAACCUCGUUCAAAAGUUAAAAAGCGCGGUGCGAGUCGCGAAAUGUUUUACGAUUUGUUUCAAGUUUACGAUCCAUCGUUUUUGGCAGCAGUGUGGCCAAAAAUAACAAACGGUGUGCAUUUAAUGUUGGACGUGUCAUGUUGGAAAGAUAUGAGUUUGUUUUUUAAAGAUUUAUCGGAAGGAAAAUCUUGGGCGUACAGUGCGGUAGACGCAUCCGGCCACUACCAGUCCGGGUUGUUUAGUGGCAAUCGAUUUUGGCUUGGAUCUCAAGAGCAGUGUGACCGAUUGGAUGGUGAGUUUGUUAAUAUUCGCGGUAAUUACACUGGUGAGAGUCUUCAAGCUGUCGAUUAUGCAACUGAAAUGCGCCGCAGUGAUAGAUUUAGAGAUUAUGGUAGUCACGACUGGCGAUGGGUUUUAAACCGCAAUGAGCUGAAGCAGAGAGAUUUGAGGGAUGACAGACCGCCUAUAAGACUGGCUUAUACUAUAGUGGAGCUGGUUAUGAACAUUUCCAAAUUCACAAUUCCGAAGACAUAUAACAUAAUAAUGGGGAUGUGUAUACCUCGAUCUUGCUCUAAAUACGACGUAGAAUCCGUCGUAAACUUUUCAAUAAUGAUCAACGAAAACCUCAAAACCAAUCGAACUUUGCCACGCACAACUAGAAUUAGUACGGUCAGGCAAAUCAAACCCUACGACAUCAAAGGAGAUUUCGGAGCCAUUUGCUUUAUUGGAGUAACUGCUACGCUCAUUUUGUUAGGAAUAAUAGCAACGGCUGUUGAACUGGGGCUUGUGAAAUGCUCGCUUUAUAAUAGAAAUGCAAUGAGUUUCGAUCUAGAGAAAUAUAACAGAAACAAUGAAGUUAAAGGAAAUAAAAUAGUUAAUGAAUUAAAUAGUAAAGUGGAUAAAGCGACAAAUGUAAAUACUAUCAAACUUGCCAAUGCAAAAAUUGCUAUUGAUAAUAUUAAUACACCAAAAAAUAACAUAGUUUGUGCUAGUCAAGAAAAUUGCCAAAGAUGUGGGAAAUAUAAGCAGCAAUGUAGCUCUGCGCGACGUACUGUGCAUUCUCCGAGUCCAGCCAAAGAUAGUUCUUCAUCCAAGAUAGAAUACAGAAGAAAUGGUGUGUGCUGCAGAAUGUUAUUUUGUUUCUCGUUUGUGUAUUCCUGGAGAAGGAUCUUCAACAAGAACACUGCGAACAAAGAUUUGGCUCUCACUCACGGCCUGAAGAUUGUAGCCACCUUUUGCGUCAUGUUUGUUCACGUUUGUCUUAUGGUCAAUUAUAUUUCUGCUUCCGCUAGAGAUGUCAACGGACAAAAUGUUUAUUACAUCUUAACGAUGGGGACAGUGGCUUUCGACACAUUGUUUUUUAUAAGUGGCCUUAUCAGUUCCCACCAUUUUUUCUACCUGAAAAGCCGCUACACCGUCGAGGAGCUGGUCAGUUUCGGCGGCAGAUGUGGACAGAUAUUGCAGUUUGUUUGCUUUGUCACCAAUAGGAUCAUAAGGAUGCUGCCAUCUUAUGCAUACGCUAUUCUGCUAUCAGCGGUGUUGACCCGCGUACAAAGAGACACAGCAGUGCUAACUUUGCCGGACGGCGAUGAUCAAAAUUGCAACUCGUAUUGGUGGAGGAACUUGAUCUAUAUUUCUAACAUGUAUCCUGAAGAUCAACAGUGCAUGCAGGUGUCGUGGUUCGUGUCGACGGAGACGCAGCUGCACGCGGCGGGCGCGCUGGCAUUCUCGAACGUUUUCGAGGCCUAUUCCUCCAUAAUAGAUCGUCCGUUAGCUCGCGUGGCUCCUUACUUCAUCGGAAUGUUUACUGGCUGGCUAAUUCACUCCGUGCGCAGUCCUGUCAAAAUCUCUAAGAUAUCGUUAAGCGCACUGUGGGUGGUAUCCAUAUCGUUGGUGUUGCUGCCGUGCUCCUUGCCGCUGAUGGGCGCGGGGCGCUGGGUGAGUGCGUUGCUGCACGCGGGCUGGCCACUCGGGUUGCUGUUCCCGAUCUUGCUCUGCAGUACUACAUAUGCUGAGUUGUUCCGCCGCGUGUUGUCGAGCAGCACUGCGUGUGCGCUGAGCCGGUUGUGUUUGGGCGCGCUGUUGCUGCACGGCGCCGCGGCGAGGCUGGUGCUGCUCGGCGCGGGGACGGCGGCGUGCUCCAGCCCGCUGUGUCUCUGGAUAUAUUAUACGGCGACGUCCGUGCUGACGCUCCUGGCCGCGCUGCUACUGUCGUUACUGGUCGAGAUGCCAUGCUGCAGUCUUCUCCGACGAUUAUCUGACUGUGCAACAAGAUAA